AUGCCCAAGUACGAUGGGCUUGGAUGGGCUAUAGACAGCCCAAUUUGCUUGACACUGUUUCCGUCGUACUUGGCUUCGAAAUCCUGUCAGUUUACUAAUCUCCAUUCUUUACCUUCCUCGGCGACAGCGAGACGAGACGGUUGCGAGCCAUAUCCUUUUUCAAUGGCAUGGAGAGGACAUCUUUCCAAAAACAUAAAAGAACUUCGGUUUUUGAUGUGCCAGUCAUCACCUGCAAGCUCCUCAACAAGGGCUUUUGUGGAAAGGAAUUAUAAGGAACUAAAGACAUUGAACCCAAAAUUGCCAAUAUUGAUCCGUGAGUGCAGUGGAGUUGAACCCCAGUUAUGGGCAAGAUAUGAUCUGGGUGUUGAAAAAGGCAUCAAAUUGGAAGGAUUGUCAGAGGGACAGAUCUUUAAGGCACUUGAAGAUCUGGUAAAAGCAGGACAGUCGUCGAAAGCUUGA